AUGUUACUUGGUAUAGAGUAUAACCACAGUCAUUUACAGGAGGAGAGAGACUGUUUGACAGCAGACAGAAAGAUUGUGACUUCACUGACGAUAUCAUUUUUCUUAUUAGCAAAUAAUGACGACGAUGGAUUUGAUUUGAUUAGGCCAUCUUUGAUCCAGCAAUUAAGAACCAUCCUAGAUCAGUACCCAGAUGAUGGACAGAUAUUGAAGGAGCUCAUCCAAAAUGCAGAGGAUGCACACGCAAGUCAUGUAAAAUUCCUCUACGACAAACACAACCAUGGCACAGCCAAACUUCAUCACCAGGGUCUUUCUCAAUUUCAGGGCCCAGCACUUUAUGCAUAUAAUAAUGCUCAGUUUACAAAAGAUGACUGGAUGGGCAUACGGAUGUUGUGUGAUAGUAUCAAAGUCAAAGACUCGAUGAAAGUUGGCCGUUUUGGUCUUGGCUUUAAGUCUGUUUUUCAUAUGACAGAUUUACCAAGUAUCGUAAGUGAUUCGCAGAUCGGAGUGAUUGAUCCGCACGAAAAGUACUUUAGCGACGAAAAUGGCAAACGAACCGGGCACAGGUGGCGAUUUAAAGAGGACCGAGACAUCAUAAACAGCGUCCCAGACCAGUUUCAGCCGUACAAAGGAAUACUCGAUUGUACAGAGGAAACCUUCAAACAGGGAUCCUAUAAUGGGACAUUGUUUCGUUUCCCUUUAAGGACAGAACCAUCCAAGCUAUCGCAGACGCUAUACAACACCCAAAAGGUGCACACGUUGUUUGAAAGUUUUGAGGCAGAUGCUCAUUUGAUCCUUCUCUUUCUUCAAUAUCUGGAAUCCAUAGAGCUCUUUGUUCGAGAAGAAACGGACAGUGACGCCAGAAAAACCUUUCAAGUCCGAAUCACCGAUAAUACCCUCAAGUUAGUGCGAGAAAAGAGGAAUGAGUUUCGAAGCAAGAUCUCAUCAGCUGAACUAUUGCCAGCAACUGUUAGGGUAACUUAUCCUAUCACAAUUGAGGCAAUUACUUACUCCAAAGGCACGCCAAGUGCGUCAGAGCGACAUUCGUUUCUAGUUACUAACUACUUUUGUGGAGGAGAAAUCUCGUCACAAUUUAGAACCUUGGCUUCAGAUCAAGAUCUCAGCUAUCUGCCUCUGGUAGGUGUCGCCAUGGAGUUGCCAGAACACCCUGGAAAAGAAACGCCAGACAUGAAAGGCCACGUGUUUUGUUUUUUACCACUACCAGUACAGAAGACAAGUUUGACAGGAUUGCCAGUGCACAUCAACGGCUUCUUUGCUUUGAGUCAGAACAGGCGAUACAUUAAGACGCCUACAGCUGAACAAGAAGAUCUGGCUGACAAGGAAGGCCAGCCCCUGACUGACAAGUCAUUGUUAUGGAACCAGUGUCUUCUGCAAGAGGCCAUCCCUAAAGCGUAUGCUUCUCUGCUGCUGGAUGCUAUGGACGAGCAGAACUACAACGUGCAAAGCGAAGCCGUGUACAAAGCAUGGCCUGAUACAACUAACAUCGACCAGAAGUGGAAAAGAGUGGAGAAACCCCUAUUUGAGUUGCUUCUCGACAAAAACAUCAUCUACACUCCGGCUCAAGGGGGAAAAUGGCUAAAAUUGAAAGACGUGAUUGUUCAAAGACUUGCAGAAAGUGAUCCUAAGGAACUGCUGGUAAACGUUUUUCUUGCAGCGAAUGAAAACGUAGCCUGUUUACCCGAACACGCCCUAAAAGCCAUUUGCUUGUACUCAACUUUUAGUGCAGAAAUAACACCUUCGUUGACGCGAAGAGUCCUAAAGAAUGUCCCCUCUAGCUACUCAAACUUAACACGCUUAGAAAAACUUUUGCUGUUGAAAUUUGUUCUCAAAGACGGUUGCCUUUCUGACCUACUUGGAUUGGAGCUGUUGCCGAUUUCCAACGAGCAGUUCAUGUCGUUUUCCAAUACGGGAGAGACUGUUUACAUUUCGUCACCAGCACAUCCCCGUAAACUCUUACCGUGUCCACAACAAAAGUUCCUUGAUGAGAGCAUCGACAAAGAUUUGUCACGACAACUAGAGGUAGUCGCAAGACAAGGAUGCACUCAAUUACAGCAUUUCACCAAAGAUGACGUUGCUAAACUUCUCCCGGCGUCACUACCACCUGGAUGGUUAGAGGGACAACACAUUUUGUGGAAUCCUGGAGUCGGAGGCCAUCCGUCCAAUGACUGGUUAGGAAACUUGUGGGCAUACCUGGGAAAGAACUUCCCCUCUGAAGACGAGCUGUGCAGACUUGAAGGCCUUCCUUUACUUCCACUAGAUAUGUCGAAAGCUCCCAUUACCCUCGCGAGACUUAAAAAGCUAUCUGAUGUUGUCGUGAGAAGCCUUCAUGGCGAUUCUUUAGACGACGCUCUUGUCGGAGCUUUGAAAGAGUUUGGUGUUACAGUAAUGCAAGGGUAUCCAUGGUUCCUUGGUCUGCUACCUGCCGUUUCGGAAACAUUUGUUAAUCCACCAUCAGUUCAAGGGGUCUUAAAAGCUGUGGCAGCUUUUCUCUCCUCAAAGCCCACCACGGCGCAAACCAUAACAGACGAUGGUAAACGAUUCUUGAGGAAGUUUUUUGCCAAAGCCUCAUGGCUCAGUCCAGAUGAGAAGAAAGUCUUAAGCUGCAUACCGUUGUUUGAGACUAUUUCUGGAGCCUUUGUUUCAAAAAAUGAUGGCCUCUGCGCUGCAUCUGAAGAAGCGUUUCCGGUGAAAAUCCUAAGAGAUCUCAUCGACAUUAGAGAGAACGAUGCAAAGAGAUUGGUUGGUUUGUUAGACAUCAAAGUCUUGACACGUUCUGAGGUUUUGCUUGAGGUGAUAUUUCCGGAUGUAAUACAUCAGCGUUACUCCACUGAAGAAAUUGACAGACUCAUGGGAUUCGUGAUGGAUAGAUAUCACAUUUACACCGCGGAGGAUGGGAGAUUUCAGAAUCAGUUAAAAGACCUGCCCUUUGUCUCAACUAAAAAUGAUAGAAUGAGACCUAAGGAGGUAUUUGAUCCCAGAGAUGACUUCCUAAAAAGAAUUUUCGUGGAAGAAGAUGUGUUCCCUGUUGGGAAGUAUGCUCAACCUACAGCUCUAGUAGUUUUAGAGUACCUCGGCAUGAAAGGCAAGGGAGAAAUCACCGGGCAAAAAGUGUACGAAAGUGCAAAAGCUGUGAAUAAUAUCCUUGACGUUGCUGCAGCAGAAACGAAGUCAUUAGCGAUCAUGUCAUUCUUAACUAGCAAUCCAACAAAACUUGAAGAGAUCGUCUCUGGAACGUCAGGAUUAGGAGAGCUCGGGAUACAUCUUAAAAAUAUGCCAUGGGUCUCGGUGAUCAGACGAAAACCCGAUGACUACCCCGAAAAUCUUCCGUUCUGGGGAGAAACGCACACAGAACCUUAUUUCCUAAAGCCUUCAGAUGUCAAGUACAAACAAGCAGCAAACAUCAUUGGAUCGACAAAAGCACUUGUCAAAGCUGAGCCGUCUAGCCAAUUAACUCGCUUCUUUUCAUGGAACGCAGACCUGGCUGCUUCGGACGUCGGGCAGCACUUGCAGAAUGUAAUCAGAGCCUACAGUCCACAAGAAAAGCCGCGUUAUAUUAUCAUCGCCCAGGAAAUUUACGCCUUUCUCAGUUGUGCACAUCAUGACGAAGUACUUGCUGCUUUGGAGAAUGUCAAGAACCUUCCGUGGAUUUGGAAUGGAGAUGGAUUUUCUUCCCCUAGAUUCCUGAUAUCUCAGAAACCUCCGAUUGAUCUAUCGCCAUAUAUCUUUUCCCUUCCCUCUGAGAUGGGAAGAUUCUAUGGCCUGUUUGCAAAGUUUGGCUUACAAGAGAAGUGCAAUGAAGCAUUCUUACUCGAGGUUCUUCACCUAAUAAAAGAGAGACGAGCUGGAUAUUGGAGAGGAAUUCGGACAAGAAGAAAAACUUACCCGUAGACUCAGCAGACCUUUAGAGGAUUACACUGAUGGUUUUGCAGUACCCAAAGAGCUUGUUCAAAACGCAGACGAUGCAGGUGCCACUGAAGUGAGAUUUCUAUAUGACGAACGAACGAACCAGGAUGCCAUGACCUGUCUGAUAGACGAAGAAAUGAAACACUGCCAGGGUCCUGCUCUGUGGGUCUACAACGAUGCCGAAUUCAGAGACGAAGAUUUUACAAACAUCACAAAAUUAAACGGUGCUACAAAAGAACAAGAAACUGAGAAAAUUGGCAAGUUUGGACUUGGUUUCAACGCGGUCUACAAUCUGACAGAUGUUCCGAUGUUUUUGAGCAGAAAUUUCUUUGUGAUUUUCGACCCGAACACAUUCUAUCUCGGAAAGGCAAUAAGAAACAAGAACAAACCUGGAAUAAAGAUAGAUAUUAACAAAAACACAAAGAGACUUCGGAAUCUCGGCAAUCAGUUUAAACCAUUCAAUGGAAUAUUUGAUUGCGAUCUUCACCUGAGCAAGGACGACAACUCUUACCCUGGAACUCUCUUUCGUUUUCCAUUACGUACCAGAGAGCAAGCAAUUAAAAGUGAAAUCAAGCAACUUCAUUACGACAACAAACAAAUGAAAGAGCUCCUGAAGCUCUUCGCCUCUGGUGCUAAGACCCUUCUUCUCUUCACGCAAAAUGUACGCCGUGUCAGCAUUUUUCACCUGCAGGAAGAUUCGAACUCCUCCAACUCGCCUAUGCUACUUUUUGAAGUAAACAAAUCUUUUUAUCGUGACGGAAUCACAAGGGAACUGUCUGUUCCAGUCACACUUCCACCAGCUGCUAAGAAUCUCAGUAGUGAGGAGCAGCACCUUUUGCAACAGUGCAAUUUUCUACGAGCGUCCUCCGAAGUCAUGAAGCGUUUGAAACAUUCCACUAGCUCCAAUUUAGUUUCUCUCAGUUCUGGGCUCACAAUUACCAUCCGGAGUACCACCACUGAGGUUGGAAUAGCAUUUGUCGAAGGCAAGGACUCUUUACGAGAUGAUUUGGAGAUUUGGUGUGUUGCCUCUUCCAUGGGCAAAGGAGAAGCAAUGGAAUUUGCAAAGGUUGACAAGAGUCUACUCCCAUCGGCGGGGGUAGCAGCCAAGUUAAUCCCCGACAAGAAUGGAAAGCUCUCGCCCGUGCCUGUUGACCAUCCGAUCACAGAGAAUGUGCAACAAUUUAAGGGAAGAUUGUUUUGUUACCUUCCGCUUCCGAUAGUCAGUGGUUUUCCAGUACAUGUAAAUGGAGCAUUCGCUGUGGCUUCUAACAGACGAGGUUUGAAAGAGAAGACAUCUGACGACAAGAAUUCAAUGGGAGUUGAGUGGAACAAUCAUCUUAUGCAAGAUUCAAUUUGUGAGGCAUAUCUAGACCUUCUCCAAGACGUAAAGAAGAUGGCUGUUGAUUCGUACCAUUAUCACGUCCUGUGGCCUAAAGCUUGUGAAGUAAAUCCGAAUUGUGAGCCUCUUGCACGUUCAUUUUACCAACGUUUGACUUGUGAAAACUAUGAUCUCUUUUCCGAUGGGAGUCAGUGGGUUGACCUUAGCCAUCUGGUCUUCCUUGAUCCAAAUUUUCGCCAAAUUCCAAUAAUUGGGGGGUUGUCCCUAGACGUUUUAAGGAGAUUGAGAAAAGAGAAUGAGGUCAUCAUUGAUCUUCCAGCUGAAGUCCACCAAUCUUUUCUGAAGUAUGGCCUCGCAGAAGAAAUCCAGGAUAAAGGCUACGAUAAGUCAAGGUUUUUUCGUGAAUUGUUCUUCCCAAAUAUAGCUUCUAUAGCACCAGAACUUAGGGAAAAGUUGAUUUUGUACACUCUUGAUGACAAAAAUGGAGAGUUCGACAGUCUCAUUAAGAAAUACGCUUGCAUUCCCGUCUCACCGGAUGGCCAAACGCUCAAGUGUCCAGCUCAGCUAAUCAGUCCCCAUAAGGAGGCCGCCUUGCUGUUUAGUCCUGACGAUAAAAGAUUUCCGUUUGGUAAAGAGGAUACUUUUUUGAAUGGCGUACGACUUGCCAAGCUUGAACAGCUCGGGAUGUUGACAGACAGCCUUACAUGGGAGGAAGUUUUAGAGAGGGCACAGAGCAUUACCAUUUUAAAUGGACUCUCUUAUACAUCUGCAUUGAAGCGCGCUAAAGCCUUGACGGCUUAUCUUAAAAGAAAAUUGACCUCUGAAAAGGGAAACUCUGUACCGGUUGACAUUCGCAACAGAUUUAAAAUGGCCAGGUUUCUUCCCGUGCUUCAAAAACCGGAAAAAUUCCCUCUUCCUUGGAAAGGAGAUGAGCUACGUAGUGUUACAGCGGGGAAUUUUGUUUCACCCGUAGAGUCCUAUCUUGAGAGCGAGAAGUAUUUGGUUUGUUGCACUGAACCGAUAGUCGACAUGUUCAUCCCAGAAAGCGUGAAAACGUUCUUGGAUUUCGAAAAAAGGCAAGCCACAGUUGUUCAUGUUCGAAGGCAACUCGAGGCUGCCUCAAAUGUGAAGAUAGAUACAUUGGAUUCUCUAGAACUUGAUCGCGUUGAAGAGCUGUGUUUAGAAGCUUACAGGUAUUUUCAGCGAUCACUCAGUAACAAAACAAUCCAUGAGAAGGAAGUAAGAGAGAUAUUUGAAGGAAAAAAGAUAAUUUUCUUUGGAAGGAAUUUUUUUCACACGAAACAGCUAGCUUUCAGGUUGGAGACUGAUUGUUCUCCGUACCUACAUCAGCUUCCGCAUCACUUAGCAAGGUCAUUUGAAGAGUUAAUGAAAAUUGCAGGUGUGACGGCUGUUUUUGAUGCCGAAGAUUACGUCACCGGUUUGACGCAACUGAAGGAAGCGUUUGGGGAAGAAGAGCUUGACCACAAGGGUCUUCGAUUAGCGAUUAACCUGGCUCUUCAACUCGGAAACAGCUCAAAACACCCUCAAGAAGAGCUCUUCCUUCCUGAUUCUAAAGGUGUAAUGCGUUCUGCCGAUGAACUUUGCAUGAGAGACUGCCCUUGGAUGCUUGAUGAAAUCGACGUUUAUUUCGUCAAUGACAUGAUUCCCCAUGUGGUAAGUUCCAGACUGGGUGUGAAGACACGACGCGAGGAAGCAUUAAAGCAUUUCUCCAGUGGCAUUCCUUUUGGACAAAGGGAAAAACUUACAAAUCGUCUACAGCGUAUUCUUUUAGCUUACCCAUGCGAGAAAGAAAUCUUAAAAGAACUUCUCCAGAAUGCUGACGAUGCACAAGCUACUGAGAUUUGCUUCAUUAAAGACCCUCGACAUCACCCAGACGAAAGAGUAGACUCCUGGAAACCCCUGCAGGGUCCUGCACUAUGCGUGUUUAACAACAAACCUUUCACUGAAGCCGACAUCGUGGGAAUUCAAAAUCUCGGGGAGGGCAGUAAAGGAGAUGAUCCAAACAAAACUGGUCAGUAUGGAGUUGGUUUCAAUGCUGUGUACCAUCUGACUGACGUACCGUCGUUUGCCUCUAGUGGUAAAGAGAUUGGAGAUGUUUUGUGCAUAUUUGAUCCGCACUGUAAGUACGUGCCAGGUGCAACCAGUUUGGAACCAGGUAGGAUGUACAGAAACGUCCCAAAGUUGAGAAAAGUCUUCCCGGAUGUUUUUUCCUGCUAUAAUGAUGAAGAGUUCCCCUUACGAAAUUCAACAAUGUUCCGGUUUCCAUUACGAACUCUGGAAAUGGCGAAUGAUUCCAAGAUAUCGCAAUCACCGGUGACAAUUCAGGCAUUAGAUGAAAUGAUGAACGCACUAAAAAAGGAACUUUUCGAAGUUAUGCUUUUUGUCUACAACGUUACGAAGAUCACUUUGUGUGAAAUUGAUCCGAAAACCGGGAAAACUAUGAACCAUUAUUUUGUCGAGUCCAAAAUGACAGAAGAGGAUGCAGCGAAAAGGCAAGAGUUUGCGAUUCAUGUCCGACAGAUCGGGAAGUCAGCUGGACAAAGAGAUAACACGUUUCCCAACGACAUUGAAGGGAAAAAGUGUUCGUAUGUUCUGAGGCUGCGAGACAGCAAUGGAAACGAGGAAAAGUGGCUUAUUGUACAACAGAUUGGCUUUGAUAACAAAGUGGAAGCAAGUAUUACAAAUGCUUACCAGAACCAAGAUCUGGGAAUGCUACCACGAGGGGGAGUUGCUUGCCUCUUAGAAAAGAAGCCAACAGAGAACUGGUCAGAAAAUAGAAAGAAAAGGGCUUACUGUUUUCUUCCUCUUCCUUUAGAGACUAACCUUCCAGUCCACAUUAAUGGUCACUUUGCAUUAGACCAUGAGGCCAGACGAAAUCUGUGGACGGAUGAAACUCGUGCUUAUCGUAGUGACUGGAACAACGCUUUGCUAGGAGAUGUGAUUGCACCGUGUUAUCUGACACUUCUAGAUGAAGUUAGGGAGCUUCUUCACUUGCCAUCAGCGCCUGAUAAAGAACAGUUUACCCUUCACUGCACUGAAGAGGCUUUGUUCAGGAAGAUCGACCAAUACGAAAAGCUUUUUCCUUUGGUAGUUUCGGGUGAAACGUACUGGGCAACCUUGGGAAGAGCCGUGUAUCAUAAAAUGGACGAGAGAAGAUUGAGACUUCUACCGGCAGUGAGAGGUGGUGAAGCAGAAGGUACUGUUUCGGAGCAGCGACUGACAUGGCUCCCUCCGACAGGUGAGGGGAGAGAAAAAGCGUUCUUCAAUAACCUUGCAGAAAGUGGUUGUUUCUCUAGUCGCUCAAGAGGUUUCCUCGGUAAAUGUGACACUGAAAAAGAAGUCAAACGGAUGCUUGAAUACCGAAAGAGAUUGGAAGAAAUAUUACUGGAAACGGGCUUUAAUCUUGUUAAGUUCUCGUUAACUCUGUGCGAAGCAUUCAAAAACUCGUUUGUAAAUUGUGAUUGCGUAUCACCUUCUGCAGUAAUAAGGUUCUACAAGACCUUCAGUGAUGCCGAACCCAUUUGCAAGAUCGGACCGAUCUCUGUUAAUGUUGAAAAGAGUCCAUUCAAGAGUGCUGAAAACGUCUCACUCGUGUUGAAGUAUUGCAAGGAGGAUACGAACUUCCUUGAAAACCUGCCAGGCCUCCCUUUAUUAGUAACACGGGAAAACCAGCUACGUGCAUUCAGCACCACUGAUCCUAAGUUUCUAUCGCGUCAUCACAGCAUCCUACCACAAUGCAGAGAAUUGUUUGUCCAUGAACGUCUCAGGAUACACAUCUUUGGCGAUGUAAAGAGUCAAGAAUCAUCGGUGUUUAGGCGUUUUGGUGUACAAGACUUUGCCACUAACUUGAAUCGAUGCCUACCAUCGGAGUUUUUCACCGAAGACGACUAUGUCACCUGGUAUCCAACGCAAGAAUCAGUGCCCAAUAAGCAUUGGAUUCAGGGAGUUUGGACUUUCCUUAAUGAAGAAACAAAUUUUGCUUUGAAUAAUAUGGAGGAAGCUGAUAGGGAGAAAGGCAUUUAUACAAACCUCCAAGGGAGAGUCAACAGGAUUCAAAAGUUACUCCUACCCCUUUUUAGGUGGAGUAUCCUUCCGUGUACCGAAACAAUGACGCAAAGAGAUGGAAGAAUUGCUGGGAGACCAGAGCACUAUCUAGUACCCUUGAGCCUCGCACAGUCUGUGGUUGAUUUUACAUCUUAUGAUGAGAAUAGCAAACCUCUCGUUGAAGCUCUGAGGCAGCUUAAUUUAGCCGAAGUGAAUUACACCGUAUUGAUGUCAGAUUCUUGUUCUCUGGUAAGCAAGCUGGUAGCGUCACUUAAAACACCAGAAUCUCUUCUCAAAUGCUUUGAGCAGAAAUUGAAGAAAGACCCCAACGCAUUUGAAGGCAAAUUGAAGCUAUCAGAAUGUCACAACGUUUUGAAGUGUUUCAGUGACAGCGUGAAUAGACUGGAAGAACGUGACAAACCCAUGUUAAAAAGGCUUCCUUUCUACCAAGCAACACACGGCAGACUUAUAAGUGUGGGCAGUGCAGCGGUUUGUGUCCUACCUCAUGGCGUUCCACGAAAGGAAAUGGACGCUCUUGGACGUCGAAGAAAUAUGAUUUUUCUAGAAGAAUCUUUUUCACUCGCUCCUCUUUUUCAAUUUCUUGAAUUCCAAUGCAUUUCCUCAGUUGAUGUGUAUUGCAACUUCAUUUUGCAAACCUUCGACAUUUUUAGUAAAGAGGCAAGGUUUGCUCACCUGGAUUACAUCCGUCAUUAUAUUCUUCCGAACAAGUCAAUCGAUGGCAAUGACAAAAGUAGGCUCAUGGCUUCUUUGAAAAACACAGCGGUCAUUACAUGCGAAGAUGGAAGUUUAAGAAAGGUAUCCUCUUUCUACGAUCCCCGUAAUGAAGUCUUCAUAGUUAUGCUCGCAAAGGACAUGUUCCCUCCAGAUCCUUUUAGCCAACGAGAAUGGCUAUUGUUUUUGGAAGAAAUCGGGCUAAUAUGUGUCGUCUCAAGAGAUCUGUUCACGACGUUUGCCAGAGAGGUCGCCAUUGAAGGAGCUAUACGACCCUCAGAGGAUACUGAUAACAAAUCGAAAGUAUUGGUAAAGAGCCUUUUUAGUCGAGAUAAUGUAAUAGCAGAAGGGCUUCUACAGACCGUGUGCGACAUAAGUUUUGUGGCCACUGAACCUGUCGAGGAAAAGUUUCGUCAGCUCCAUCGGCAGUUUGGUGAAGUAAGUGGUCAAACCCCCUACAUUUCGUUCAAAGGAUCUGUGAUUGCAAAGCAUGCUAAGAUAGUUUGGACGGCGGCACCUCUGCUUCCACAAUGGGCACAUCCUUACAACUACCGGUGCCUAAUGACAUUGCCAGUUAGCACAAGUGCCAGUACUUACUACAACGCUAUUUGUUCCUGUCUUCAAGUUCUGACAGAGCCCACCCUUGACCUGGUUAUUUCCCACUGCCAAAAUUUAUGCUUUAAGCUGGAAAAAGACAACUACAGUGAUGUGCUAGAGAGCCAGAAAUACACCAGAAUUUUAGUAAUGAGUGGCAUAUACGCGUUCCUUCAAGAAAAGGCCGUCUCAAGCACCAAUGUAAAAGAGAGGCUAAAGGAUACUCCUUGUGUUUUGGUGGAGGAGGGAGGUCGUUUUGUUCACUCGAAGCAAGUAGUUCUUGAAUUGUAUAGGAAAGAUGAGAUUCGACCCUUUCUUUAUGGAAUGCCGGCAGAGUUAAGCGCGUUCAAAAGGCUCUUCCAAUAUUUGGGAUGUUCCCCAUCUGUCAAACCUUCUCACUACGUCAUGGUUCUAGAUAUUUUACACAGGCGAUCGAUGGAAAACAUGCUGGAACCAAACGAAGUUGAUUUCGCUUCAAGAGCAGUGAAAGGCCUUUUUGAAACGCUCCAAGACAUUCCGAGUGGAAUGGAUGGUAUAACUAAUUUGUACCUACCUUCUGCAUGUCUGUUUAGUAGCGAUUUGGUUGAGGAAGUACCACCUAUCGUGUUGGCUAGGUCGACAGAAUUAAUUUUUGAUGACGCUCCAUAUUACCAUGAUCGAAUUCGAGAGUUUGACUUUCCUUUUGUUGUUGACCUUAAGAAAGCUGGGGUAUGCAUCAAGUCCAGUGCAAAUUACAAAGACCUAAUGAAGCUUCUUCCUGCUGCUGUCCAACCUCAGAUGAUGUCCGAAGUUAUCGAAGAGAAAAUCGUGGAAGAUGAUAAUAAUUUAGUUUUCGAAUUUGGGGCUGCAGACUCACUGAAGAAACAAUUCAGCUCUGAGCAGUUCUAUCGUGGAAUUGUCAGGCUUAUUCGCCACGCCAAUCAAGAUGGAGGUCUUGAUUAAAAUGAAGUCGCAGCUGCGAGGAGCGGUCUGCAAAACAUCGAAUUCUUUGGAAUGGGUCAGGUUGUUACUCACCUGGUUCAUAAUGGACAGGUCAUCCAAGGGAGUCAGCAGGAAGUUCCCUUCUACAUGAAGAAAAUUUCAGAAUGCGGUCAAGAGAUGUGGAAAGUAUACGUCAGUGCUGCGGAGAACGUUGAAGUAGUCAUGUCUGCAAUAUCAGUAAAGCUAUCAGAGGUGAUUGCUCAAGCGUGCAAAGGACUGCUGGGAAAUACCAUUCUCUUUAUUCCUGAGAUGCUUCGUUGCGAACCAACCAUGAUCAGCUCCAUUUUAGAUAGGUUUAAGAUUCGCUCAGACGACUCCUAUGAUGCUCAAAAAGGAAAUCUACUCCCAGAGCCAGGCAGCUUUAUUCCUCUUAAACUUCACAAUCUCCUAAAUCCUGCUUUCAAAUCCUUUGAACCCAGGGAGUAUGUUGGAUACGAAUUGGAUGAUCCCAGUCUUCAACUUCAAGAAGAGGAUGUUACUUACAUCUACGCUGUCAUUAUUGAAGAGGUGACGACUGAUAUUCACAGCCUCCUGAACAAGCGCUACAAAAUCAAUAUUGGGCGCGAGAAGGAACCUGUAAUUGCCCAGGCUUCAGAAUUAUACCAAUUUCAUCGUUUUCAAGAAAUAGCAUCCUCUGCCAUUGUUCAGUCUGACCAACAAGAAAGCCCCCCGUCAACAAUGGAUAAGGGGACGAUUCUGAAGGUCAUCUCGGAUAUGAUUGAGGAA